UCUGUUUUCACAGGCCAUGACUUGAAUUUGGAAUCAAGUCUGUUUCUCUUCCAGUUGGUGUAUAGUUGUGAGAGGUGCUAAACUGGUUGAGUUAGUUUGAUGCUGUGGGAGGUAUAAUGAUUUCUCAAGCUUCUUGCAGAUUACUGAGGCAGCUAAGAUGAGGCAAGAGGCAAAAACUGCCGUUCUUCCAGAGUCAAGCAAGGCUGACUUGCAUCCAGGAUGGUGGUUUUCUAAUCUGAAAAUUACAGUUGUCCUUUAGGAGUUCUAAAAAACCCUCUUUUUUCUGGUAAACGUCAUGUGGAGUUGCCUGGCUGUAGCUGAGUCUUGAGUUUUUUUCACUGGGAAAAAAAAUGGGAGAUUCAGCUUUAUUUGAUCUGUUAGAGUGUCCUGUAUGCUUGGAGAAGCUGGAUGUCUCAGCCAAGGUGCUCCCAUGUCAGCACACCUUCUGCAAGCCUUGCCUUCAGAGAAUCUUGAAAUCACAGAAGGAAUUGAGGUGUCCUGAAUGCCGAACCUUGGUGCUCUGCAGCAUAGAAGAGCUUCCAGCCAACUUGUUUUUAAUCCGCUUACUGGACGGCAUCCGAUUAGGACCAAGUGUAAUGAAGUUUGGCUCACUUCAAAGAUCUGGAGGUCUCAGUUCUCCUGCCUCUGUCAGGAGACUCAGGGGAGAUCCAAGAGGCUUACAACUCAAUCAAUACAGGCUGACUUCACAUUCCAGGAUCCCUAUGGAAGGGAUUCCUCGAGCUAAAGCCCUGUACAGCUACAGAGGACACAACCCUGGAGAACUAAGGUUCAACAAAGGUGACAUUAUUAUAUUGCAUCGUCAGCUGGAUGAAAACUGGUACCUAGGAGAAAUCAAUGGGGUCAGUGGCGUUUUCCCAACAAACUCAGUGCAAGUUAUCAAACAGUUGCCACGGCCACUAGCCCUGUGCAGAGCACUAUACAACUUUGAUCUGAAAUCCAGGAAUAAAAACGAUAAGAUGGACUGCCUGACUUUUCAUAAGGGUGAUAUAAUCACUGUAAUCAGCCAAGUGGAUGAGAACUGGGCAGAGGGGAAAUUGGGUGACAAAACUGGAAUUUUCCCCAUCUUGUUUGUGGAGCCCAAUACGACAGCACGACAACUCUUCCAAACAACUAAAGGUCUGCAGUCUUCACCCUUACGGAGAUCAUUGCCCAGAGCAAAAUGCAUGGAGUCCCCUGCUUUCUGCAAGGGGUCAGAAUCUAGAAGGAAGAGCAUGAAGCAAUUCUCAAUUACAACUGCCUUAAAUACUCUCAACAGGAUGGUCCAUUUGCCCACAGACCGGCAAUCUCUGGAGAUCAGCUCUCCUGUGCUCAUCAGCUCCAGCAAUCCAUCUGUGGCUAUCCAGAACAGUGAGAAAGCAGAAUUCCUAUACAGCACCCCUGUUCAGGUCAACACUUCCUAUUACUCUACACCUGGAUCCCUGGGGAAUUCUACAGCCAUAGUCACUCUCCCCCACUUACAGCAACAACUAUCGGUGAAUAUGUGCGUUGCUUUACACUCCUACACAGCUCAUGGUCCAGAUGAACUAGAACUGCAAAAAGGAGAAGGCAUUCGUGUUUUGGGGAAAUAUCAAGAAGGUUGGCUAAAAGGGAUGUCUUUGGUCUCCGGAAAAGUUGGGAUCUUCCCCAGCAAUUACGUCACUCCAUUUUUCAGGAAAUCAUCAAGUUUUCCUGAUUCAAGAAUGCCUUCCCUCUAUGCCACCUGGACAUUAUCCACUUCCUCACUUUCAUCCCAGGGAAGCAUCUCAGAGAAUGGCCCAAGGCAAAGCAGACCUUUGAAAUCAGCCUUCAUGCCAACAUCUUUGGCCUCACCUGUGAGGGAUCUCUCUGUGCCAACUGCUUCAGAGCAAACAGCAUCACAGAGGCGAGGACGUGGCAGCAAUAGAAAGAAUGGAUCUCUCCUGAAACCUGUGCAGCCUAUAGCUAUUAUUCCAUUUAUCAGCUCCCUGAGGCGCACUUCUGCUACCCCUUUACGACCCCAGCAAUCUCCAAUAUAUCAGCAGAUCUCCAGUCUGCCCCGAGGAACUGGCGCAGCUGACACAGCAGCCAGGCCGAAUUUUUCCCAUGAUUCUUCAUUAGUGUUAGUGCCCCGGAGCGGAAACAGCAGAGCUCCUUCUGUGUGUAGCUCUGUAUUGGACACCAAAGAAUUGUCAACAAAAGGUGAACUGACUCUAAAGCCACCUGCAUCUGCUCCACCAUCCAUAUUGGUGAAGCCAGAUACCUCCAGAAACGGUACUGAGAAGCAAGUGAAAACAGUGAGGUUUCAGAACUACAGCCCUCCACCAUCCAAGAGACACAGCUCUCAACUUUCACCCAGCUUGCCCAGUGGCAAGACUGAGCAAGGAGGAACUAAUGAAACCACACAGACAGAAUCAGCCAAGGGCCCUGAUGCAUCAUCUCUUCAUUCCCACCGCAAUAGCUCUAGUCCAGUUCAUCAAAGAAGGAUGCUACAUCCCAAGACCUCAUCCCUAGAUCAAGCAGGUCACCUGACCCUUCCUACAAAAAAGAAUUAUUGCAGCAUCUCUGAAAACUGAAAAAGAUUAAUCCUACUUAAUUGUUUCAUUUUGAAAAAAAUGCCAUUAUAUUUUGCUGUGAAUGGGGGAACCCCUAUGUACGCCGUAAACAAACACUUCUUUAGUGUAAAUUUCACAGGAGAGUUAGGCCUCUUUCAGGAAACUGCACUAGCAGAGAUGGUCAGCAAAUGACUGAUGGAUACUUCUUAUUCCACAUUGUACAAAGGGUUUUUAUUUUGUGUGGCUUCAAUCUGUACCUCAGCUCCAAAAGUGUGUCAUGUCUGGCAUUUCUCUCCACAUACAAAGACUGUUACAUCUUCCAGAGGUAAUUCAUUGCCACUGAUAGAGACAAAUUGGGUUGAGAGCAGAGGAGAUUAUGUGCAUGGAGACCUGCUCAAAAAUCACAUUGGACUAGUAAGUUCAACUACCGUGCGGUACAUUUGGGAAUGGGUUAAGCAAUUCUGAUUAGACCAUCUCUGGUCUGUCCUAUUCCCUUCCACAGCAGAUAAAAAUCAUCCACUUCUUGUCUGGCUGAGUUUUCAGAUUCUCCUUAUGCCUAGUUUCAUAUCUCAGUUUGCACCUUAACAUUUUGAAGUUAAUUUAUAUGAUUUGAUUAUGAUUUGAUCUAUCUUUUAGGAAUCUUAUAUUUUAUCUUAUAUCCAGCAUAGUUAAUCAAGAUAAAUAAUGAAAUAUGAUCAGUGCAUUGGCUCUCCCCAGCUAUGAAUUCUUGAUCUCGCUUCCAUGAACCAGCUAACUAUCCUUCCACAUGUUGGGACACAUGCAAAUUCCAUACAAUUUUUUAAAAAAUCAUAUAUCUGUGUAUAUAAUGUGAGAUAUUUGUAUCCCAACAAGUUGAAGGGCAGCUGGAUGCUCUUCAUAGAACAAUCAGCAUAUUUUUAAAUUUUCACAAUCUCAGGUUGCAAUCUUAGGCAUAUUUACUUGGGAACAAACAUAGUUGCACUCAGUGGGACUUUUUUUGAAGGAAACAUACUUAGGAUCUGACUGUACAUUUCUGUUCUUAGAGUACAACUGCAUUCAGUCCUAUGUUGUAAAACACAAUGCUCAUCCAGUUUCUGCCUAGGCCCUCCUGAUCUCUCAUCCAUGUUUUGCCCUCUGUCUUCAAACACAGCUUGCAGGACAAUGCCACAGGAGGAACUCAGAGUCUUUUAUAAGGCCCUUCCUUUCUUCCAUCCCACUCCUAUUUAUUUUCCUAUUUAUACAUGCUUGCUUAUUCCCAGGUUUGCUCACACUCCCUGCUAUGUAACCUCAGCAAUAAGUAGAAUUGGAAUGUGCUAUCUGUUUAUCCCAGCUGUGACUCAACAUUAGAAUAGCAGUAAAUGGUAGAGCUUUGUUUGUUUUGUUCUCACUGCAAGUUCAAAACCGCACAUUCUAGCCAAAAUGAGAUGAUGGAAUGUCUCCUACUGCAUCAUUGCAAUAAAGAUGACACCACAUUUCCCUGGGUCAUUGCACAAACAGACUGAAAUUGUCACAAUGGAUGUUUACUGCUUGUGUUCAGCAUUUGGACAGCAUAAGAGAAGGUGGCAUUCCAUUUGGAAUCCAGUGAAACCAGAGGAUAGAGUUCCCAUUUCCUCACACCAACCAUCUUUUUAAUCUUUAUUAAGAGCACAAUACAAUGCCACUCAUCCUUUCAGAUUUAUUCUCCUUUGGGGGUUCAAAUUAACCCCUAUAUCUUAUGGAAAGCCAGGUCUUCUCAGGUCAUUGUAGCACUGACUUCCACAUGUCACUUUUGCAAAGGUCUUUUCAGGUCAUUGCAGCACUGACGUCCACAUGUCACUUUUGCAAAGACAAGCAUAGUGAAAUGUUCACAGUGAAUACUAGGCAGAAGGGAGAUUUCAUUCAUGGCAUACUUAAGUAGCGUACAUCGUACAAAGCUCAGAGAGAAAGGAUAAUAAUAUUGAUAAUUCCCACUACUGAACAUUGGAUGUAUACUAACGUUUGACAUACAACAAUUUUACUAUGCAGGUAAGGUGCGGGGGAGGAAUAUAAGGCCACAUGCAUCAUGUGUGAAUAAUCUAGUAUUUAUCUUGAUGUAUGAAGGAUAACAGCUGCAUCACACAGCUCCCUGCCCUCCUAAGUGACAGCCCUUCAAAUACUUAAGGAGAGCUAUGAUGUCUCCCCUCAACCUCCUCUUCUCCAGACUGAACAUUCCCAAACCCCUCAGCUUUCCUCAUAUGGCUUGCGUAGCUUGCAUUCUCCUCAGCCUUCUUGCAUCCUAUGGCUCCCUGGGCUAUAAGUAUUCAUUGUUUGUAGCCAAAAUAAACUCUUAAUUUAGUUA